UCUCCCCCCACCCGUCCCUCCCCCCCAACCUCCGGAGCUGGGAAGAGAGUCAAGAUGGCGGCGAAAUCCGAUGGCGGUGGCGUGGGGGUGGGCUUCGCCCAGCUGCACAACCUGGACGAGGCGGUGGGCAGCGGCGAGGAGGACGGGGAGCCCGGGGGAGGCGGCUGCGGCGGCGGCGACGGCAGCGAGCCCGGCGAGAGCAGCUCGCUGCACAUCUGCCACUGCUGCAACACCUCCUCGUGCUACUGGGGCUGCCGCUCCGCCUGCCUGCGCUCGCUGCUGGGCAAGAAGCCGCGCCGCAGCGCCGCCGCCGCCGACGGGGGGGACCAGCCGCUGCAGCCGCCCGGGGCCGCCGGCCGCCACCCCCCGACGCCCUCGGCCGGCCGACCGCAGCCCGCGUCGCCGCAGGUGGAGCGGCCGUGGCUUGACUGCCUGUGGAUCGUGCUAGCGCUGCUGGUGUUCUUCGGGGACGUGGGUACCGACCUGUGGCUGGCCCUCGACUACUACCGCAAGGGGGACUACGGCUGCUUCGGGCUGACCCUGUUCUUCGUGCUGGUGCCGUCGCUGCUGGUGCAGAGCCUGAGCUUUCGCUGGUUCGUGCAGGACUACACGGGCGGCGGGCUAGGCGCCGUGGAGGGGCUCAGCAGUCGGGGACCCCCAAUGAUGGGGGCCGGCUACGGCCACGGCGCGGCCCGCGGCGGCCCGGGUGCGGGGGGCUCGGCCACCCCGGGGGCGCAGCGUCUGUGCCGACUCUCCGUGUGGAUCUGGCAGUCGGUCAUCCACCUGCUGCAGAUGGGGCAGGUGUGGAGGUAUAUCCGCACCAUGUACCUGGGGAUUCAGAGCCAGCGGCAGAAGGAACACCAGCGGCGCUUCUACUGGGCUAUGAUGUACGAAUAUGCAGAUGUCAACAUGCUGCGCCUCCUGGAGACCUUUCUGGAGAGCGCCCCCCAACUGGUGCUACAGCUCUGCAUAAUGAUCCAGAAGAACAGUGCAGAGACGCUGCCCUGUGUCUCCUCUGUGACUUCCCUGAUGUCCCUGGCUUGGGUGCUAGCUUCCUAUCACAAGCUGCUGCGGGACUCCAGGGACGACAAGAAGAGCAUGAGUUACAGAGGGGCCCUCAUCCACCUCUUCUGGCGCCUCUUCACCAUCUCAUCCCGAGUUAUCUCUUUCGCCCUCUUUGCUUCCAUCUUCCAGCUGUAUUUCGGGAUCUUCGUGGUGGUGCACUGGUGCGCCAUGGCCUUCUGGAUCAUCCAUGGUGGGACAGACUUCUGCAUGUCCAAGUGGGAGGAGAUCCUCUUCAACAUGGUGGUAGGGAUCGUGUACAUUUUCUGCUGGUUUAACGUCAAGGAAGGGCGGACUCGAUACCGAAUGUUCGCAUACUAUACGAUAGUCUUGACCGAGAAUGCUGCCUUGACGUUCCUUUGGUAUUUUUACAGAAAUCCGGAGAGCACUGACUCCUAUGCCGUGCCAGCACUGUGUUGUGUCUUCGUUAGCUUUGUGGCUGGGAUUACGCUCAUGCUCUUAUACUAUGGCGUGUUGCAUCCCAUGGGGCCGCGGGCUAAGGUCUUUGCCAGCUCCUGUUGUGCCGAGCUGCUCUGGGGCAUCCCUUUGCCCCCUGAUGUUGAGCCUAUGGCACCUCAGACCCCUGGGUACCGCGGGACCCAGGUCACGCCCACCAGAGCCGUGACGGAACAGCAGGAGGACCUCACGGCUGAUACUUGCCUGCCCGUAUUCCAAGUGAGACCCAUGGGGCCCUCUACCCCGUCAGGGCGUCCUUACCACCCAGAAGGGCCCCUGAUUAAGAUUGACAUGCCGAGAAAGCGGUACCCAGCCUGGGAUGCGCACUUUGUAGACAGGAGGCUGCGGAGGACUAUUAACAUCCUGCAGUACGUCACCCCCACCGCAGUGGGCAUUCGCUACCGAGACGGGCCUCUGCUCUAUGAGCUGCUGCAGUAUGAGUCUUCACUCUAG